AUGGCGGAAGCAGCGAGCAGAAGAACCAGAAGGGAGAGAGGAGAAGCAGGAGACGGGUCGGAGCCGAGGAAGAAGAAGCGGAAGAGGGGAGGGAGAGCGGCGAAAGAGCCAGAGCCGACGACGAUCGAAUCCAAAAAUCUAGCGGGCGGUGAUCCUGGGGAGGAAUUCGAUGGAUCGAGCAGGGAUCCGCUGGAGGUUCUCGGAUCGGAUCUCGUGACGAGGGUGGUUGAGUUUUUGGACGCACGCAGCGUGGCACGAUUGCUGGUUGUUUCUCGCGGGUGGCACGAGAUCGCCUCCUCCGAUCGCCUUUGGGCUCCCAAGUGUGAGGAAUUAUGGGUGGGUAAGGCACACAUCCCGCGCCUCAGGACAGUGCGGGGAGCAUCAAAGCUCGCAACCUACUCCAUGUGUAUCAUGGAUGGAAAACGAGUAACUAAUGAGUUUUUUGUUGAUAUAAUUACUCGCAUAUCACAGGAGGAUCUCUGUGAUCAUGUUUGGGAGUUCCGCUUCAAAAAGACCGCUCCUGAAUACUGGCUUAACCUGGACCCAUCAUGGAAAGGUACCGGUCCCCCAAUGCGCCGAUACUUCCACCCUAAUGGAUCUCAGACAGCAGACCCUGACGACCAAGUGUGGGGUGGUCAUGAGUGCACGUUCUCAAUCAUUACCAGCUAUGUGGGCGAGGGUCAAAUCAGGGAGCACUAUGUUAGGAUCAACAGGUGGCCUCGAAUAACAGUGUCGAGGAAGGAUGACUGGAGCUGGGAGUUGUCGAACCAGCUCUACUGCUACAAUAGCGUUCCUGAUGCUGAGAAGGAGGGUGGAACUGGACCUCUCUUCCCUGUCUGGUAAUUUCUCAGCUUUGUUGCUAGCUAAGAGGGGAUUUGUUAGUGUUGUAUAUAUAGGUAGUGAAAAUGAGGACCUGGUCGAAGCUUUGCUAUCUUAUCUACGCGGCCAUGUUUGGUUGUAUAAUGAUCUUAGGUUUGGAUGUAUAACAUGUUUUACUGUAGAACCUUGCAAGUGUUUCAGGCACUUGUCUGUUCUAGCAAUUAAUAAGAAUCAGCUAGUAACUGAUCGAGGUCUUCAUAUGGUAAAUAGCUUACAUUUGGCCUGUAAGUUAAGUAGUGUUUAUGUGGUUUCCACGAUCUUAGUUAUCGGAGCUGGUUGAUAAUAUACUAUUAUUGUGAAAACAAGAUGGACUUACAAGGAAACUAUGGAAACUAUGAUGAAUGAAUAAAAACUCUUAUUACGGGAUGAUAUUAGCGUGGGGGUAGAAUCCUUGGUUGGAUCU